UUCUAAAAGGAAUUAGCGGUGACUUGGCUUAACUGAACCUGCUGCUCCCAGUUCUCAACAAUAUUAUCAAAACUUCCACAACCUUUAAAAACAUAACAGACAAACUCUUUUUUUUCUCAGAGAUCAAGUAUCAAACAGCUAUCAGGCGAUUAUUUGGAUCUCAAAUAUUUCACAAUACAAUGGAUGAGCUCAGAUCGGCUUUCGAAGAUCAUUUUGAGCAAAUGGCGGAUCUCGUCCAAAAACUAUCCUCGGAGCUCCGCUCCGGCCUUCGCCCCGCCUAUGAUAAUUUUAUCGGGUUCUUUCACGCUAUUGAUUGGACGGAGCCAUGGUUAAUGGGUUUAAUUGCAUUUCAUGUUAUGUUGCUGUUGCUAGCAAUUAUCUCAAGGAAACAUGUCAAUUUCCAGAUGUGCUUGUUUCUCCUAGCUUUGGGUGGUGUAUACUUCGCUGAGAGGCUCAAUAAAGUUCUGGGUGACAACUGGAAGAGCUUUGCAAGCCAGAACUAUUUUGAUCCCCAGGGACUCUUUCUUUCGGCACUAUGGUCUGGUCCACUUCUCAUCAUUGCAAUCAUUAUUUUGAUAAACACUCUCUUUUCUUUAUGUUACCUGAUUGUUAGGUGGAAAAGGGCUGAACUUAGACACCGUGCAAGGCUGUCUCAUAACAAACAGGAUUGACCAUAUCCAUAUAUUGGUAAUCUUUCCUUCCGUGACAUUUGAAGAGCUACCCAGUUAGAUUGCAGAUGUCUUUCUUUUAUCACACAAGAUAGAUUCUUUACAAAAUCCUUUUCUUUUUCUCCUUGAGUGUUGAAUGGUGCAGUAGGAAAUUAUUAGUCGAGUUCCUUGUAUUCUAGUAUCUUUUUUCUUUGUUAUGUAACAGUCCUUCAAAUUCCAUGGGGUUGCCUCCGUGCAUAAAUGGUCUUUGAUAAUUAUUGCUGAUUUCCUAUUCAUCAUACAGAAACUUUAUGAGCUCUAUAAAUCAAUUUCUAACUUGUGUUAAGUCUCA